UGGCCUAGGUCGUGAGCUAGCCAAUGAUACCGUGGCUGGAGAGAGAACCAAAUUAGGCAUGUGCUGUAGAAAGCCAUGCAUGAUUCAGAAAGCACUCGCUUGCACUCAGCCUGACUCUGAACGCCGAGCUCGGCGCUCCCAGCCAGGUCAUUAUUCAUCCCAGCGCCAUUUAUCCUGUAAUCCAUCCCUCCGUUUUAGUCCUUCGUCUCUUUCUUUCUUUCCAUCUCGUCCGAUAUCGCAAGAGUUAGUUUCAACCGUGUAGACAAUGAACUUCUUCAAGACCAAACCGCGAACACCUCCUGAUAUCGUCCGUGGCUUGCGAGAUGCGAUACCCAAACUCGAAUAUGGGCCUCCAGGCAGUGAGACGAGGAGAAAGGCAGGUGAAGAAGUAUCCAGAAACCUCCAGGCAAUUAAGGGCAUUCUGUACGGUGAUGGAGAGCCUUUGCCAGAACUUAUCGCACAACUCGCACAAGAAACGUAUUCCACAGACCUCCUCCUCCUACUCGUACAGAAUAUCGCAAAAUUCGACUUCGAGGCUCGAAAGGACGUGGUCCAGAUAUUCAACAAUCUUCUCCGGCGUCAAAUCGGGGCCCGCCUGCCAACGGUGGAAUAUAUAUGCGCUAGGCACGAAGACGUUAUCUUUGCGGCUCUGGAAGGAUACAGUAACGAAGAGGUUGCGUUGAAUACGGGGAUGGUUCUAAGGGAGAUGUUGCGACACGAACAGUUAGCCAAGAUCUUGCUCUAUUCUGAACAGUUCUACAUGUUUCCCCAUCAUAUAGAGACAACGUCAUUUGGAGUUUCAUGCGAUGCAUUUGCAAAUCUCAAAGAGACAUUAACACGACACAAACCCAUGGUUGCCGAAUACCUGGACAAGAACUACGAUCGUUUUUUCGCAUCUUUCACAACACUCCUACUGUCCACCAAUUAUGUUACCAAGCGCCAGUCCCUCAAGCUCCUCGGCGAAAUCCUCCUUGACCGUGCCAAUUUCAGCGUCAUGACCAGAUAUAUCGCUCAAGAAUCCAACCUGAAGAUGAUGAUGAACAUGCUUCGGGACAAGAGCAAGAAUAUCCAGUUCGAAGCUUUCCACGUUUUUAAAGUAUUCGUUGCCAAUCCAAAAAAGCCACCUCAGAUUGAAAUGAUACUAAGGCGCAACAAGGAGAAAUUAUUGACUUUCCUGAGGAGCUUUCAUAAUGAUAAGGAAGACGAGCAGUUCAGCGACGAGAAGCAAUUCCUCAUCGUGCAGAUACAGAACCUGUGACGCUGGACGUCCUUACACGCUCCCCUUUCCCUUCUUUGGCAGAACAUCUUUCUUGCGAUACAUGUACCGUGGGUCCCUGUUGUUUCCAGUUGAACACUUGUAGCACCCGCAACUUUCAGUCCCUACCAGUCAUCCCUUGAGUGAUAUUGGCAUCUCGUGAACGCUCAUGAUCUCUGCCGCCGACUGCUGUAUCAUACCGCAUAUAUCGCUGUCCUAUGUACAUAACUGAUUUGACGUCAGUUGUACUUAUACCAUCAAUGUUGUCCAAACACCGGUUGUUGUUCGAGGUGCUUAUAACCAAGUAAUGGGACGAUCACUGUGCGCCCCAGACCGGGUGAAUUGUACCCGUCACACCACCCGUUCACAGAACUAGUUUGUUUCACCAGCUGGUGAAGUGCG